AUGACACGAUAUAAUAACAUCUCAAUCCAACGUGGCCUAGACCUUGACGACAUCGAAGGAAUCAAACGCGUGAUGUUAGCUUUGGAGCGCAUUGUCCUAGACGAACCCUUCAAAAGUUUGAGCAAAGAGCGAGCAGCCGAACUUCGCUUGAGCUCAGCACAACAAGCAUGGGUCAACCGCAUUCUCAAGGUAUGCGAGAGAACCUUCCGCGAGUAUAUCUUGCUUCCCCGAGCCAUGAGACGAUUUGUAAAGGCUAAAGAUGGCGAUGAAGCAGCCGUUAUACAGGCAAUUGCUGAGUUGGAGAGUUUGACCGAAGAAGACGUUCUAGUCAAUCCGGAAUGUCACAUUGAUGCUUAUGAGGUGGCCUGGUGUAAAUUCCUCGCUUUCCCAUGCGAAAUGGUUCAAGGAGAGCUAGAUGCAUGUAUCAAAUUUCAAAAGGCUUUGCGGGAGGACGAGGUCCCGACAGGCCAAUCCAAACGAGCUUGUCACUUCUUGCCACCGACCGUUUCCCCAGGGUUGACCACUAAGGGGGAGGUAUGGCAAUCCAAGGUUCAGGAAGUAGAGGAAUCCAGGUGGAUGAGAGUGGAGGCGGAGGAGCCCACUGGUGUCCAGCCUCCCUAUAAGUUCCUUGCCAACCUGGAUAUCGAGGAUGCCAGUUCAAUUCGGCGCAUCAUGGAGUAUCUGCACUUCAAGUUCGCAGGUCACCGUUCUGAACAGUUCCGUGCCGGUACCGACCUUGACGAAACCGAGUGGCGGGAGUCGCAAAGAAUAUGGUGGGAGUGUGACAACAAUGCCUUGCUCAAGACCAUAGUUCAGUGGUUCGCAGGACAUUACCAAGCCACUGAUCGCAGAGUUGGGUUUGCUGCUCGACGCUUCCAAUCGUAUGCCACUCACACUGCUCGAAACCCGCAGAAGUACAAAGAGGAGUAUGAGGCAGAGAAAAUCCAAUGGGAGGCCAAGCAGGAAACGAGUGUGGAGUUGACGAACGACCUGGACAGCCCACCAUUACACCAACAGGGAUCCCGAAGCAACAAGCGCCCCGGAGAAAGCUACGAAGAACUCUUCACCAACGACGACAUAACCACGGCAAAUGUUCCUGUAGAUAUGGCUCCCAGUUCCAGUCCGGUUCCUGGAGACUCCAACCUAGCCAUCCGUACGAAGAAUCCCAAGCCAACAAGCGGAUACAAGCGAACAUACCAAGAAAUGGAAACUGAGGCCGAAACCGAGGCCGAAGCCGAGGCCGAGACCGAGAUCGACGAGGUAUCAUCAGACUCUUACACCCCACCCGCCAAGCACAAUGUCUUCCUCCAGACCUUGCUUCCCAAGGAAGGUAGAACAACUAGAUCGGGUCGUCCUUACAAUCCCUACACAGGCGACGUGGUUGAUGCUCCACCAUCUACACCAAACUCGACCCUGCUCAACCCGAGUUACACACAGCUGAAACGAGGUCAUAAGAAACAGAAGCGUGGACGAACACACUAA